CCCGUUCAAACGUCAAGGUUACUUUUAUCCAGUUUCUAACUUUGACUCUUGUUACGAAUAUCUCGGCUUGAAAAAAUCAAUUUGGAAAAUAAACGAAUCCGAGUUAGGAAUAUGUGUCGCGUUUCACUCCUGUACGUGUUAAUUAAAUUGUGCUAACCCUUAAUAAAGGGGGUGAAAAACGGUGUGUGCUUUGUUCGCUGGUUUUUGUUUAAAAACUUUAUGAAGAAACGUCUGUAUAAGUUAUUUAUUCGUGUGCCAUUGUUAGUUGUUUGUGUGUGACUGCUUUUGUUAAAUUUUCACGCCGAAAAGAAAAUUGUUAUCAUUGCAUGAGAAGCCAGUGGUGAUGGCAUAGUCGCCACGGGCGAGGGUUGUAGAUAGCAUGGCCAGAGUGCGGGUGGUCAGAUGGACUUGGAUUGUGUUGGCUGGACUGUGCGCUCUGGCCAUAUGCGAGGUGCAGCAGCAGUGUCCAGCGCGUUCGGAGAUCUCACCAUGCUCGUGUACGUUAAAGAAAAACGGAUUAGACAUCCUCUGCGAGUUCACCGACCAGCAACACAUAACUAGUGCCAUGGAUAAGUUAAAAGGAAGAGAAUUUGUAAUAUUCUAUUUGAAGCUUCGACACAACAACUUGCGCAAGUUGACCGGUUACAUAUUCCUCGGUUUGGAUAUCCAUCACUUGACUAUCCACAAUAGCAGUUUAUCAACUAUGGAAGAGAUGUCUUUGAGUUCGAUUGGCAAAAUGCUGACCCAACUCGAUGUGUCCCAAAAUAGCCUAACGGCCGUUCCAUCUUCGGCCUUUGCGAGCCUGCACCAGCUCCUUAUCUUGAACAUGAACCACAACAAAAUCAGUGUCGUGCAUUCAAAGGCUUUUCAGGGACUAGACACUCUCGAAAUACUCACUCUGUAUGAAAACAAGAUCACCACCAUCGAAGACGGAGCUUUCGUCGGACUAGAAAAGAAGUUAAAAAGGUUGAAUUUGGGUGGCAACAGCUUAACGGAAGUUCCGCAAAAAGCCCUCUCAAUUCUCGACACGCUGAAAAAGCUGGAGAUGCAAGAAAAUCGCCUGACGGAAAUUAAAGAAGGCGAUUUUGAAGGUCUGAAAAAUCUUGAUUCGUUAGGAUUGGCCCACAAUAAGCUUAGGCAAGUUCCAUCGAGAGUUUUCUCGCAUCUCACAGUUUUGAAUUCUUUGGAACUUGAUGGGAACAAUAUUGACACGAUCGAUCCUGAAGCUUUUGCCGGACUUGAAGAAAAUCUUCAAUAUUUGCGAUUAGGAGACAACAACAUUCACACUAUUCCCACUGAAGCCCUAAAACGUCUCCACAGGCUCCGUCAUUUGGACCUCCGAUCAAACAAUAUCAGUUAUAUUGCAGAAGAUGCCUUUAUUGGCUUCGGAGAUUCGAUCACCUUUCUUAAUCUACAAAAAAAUUUCAUUCGCACCUUGACAGGACUAACUUUCGAGAACCUCAACUCUCUUGAAACCUUAAACUUGCAAAACAACAAACUAAUGCACAUCGGGGAGGACGUGAUGGAGCCCAUUUUGGACACUUUGCGCGUGGUCGAUAUUAUGGAUAAUCCCUUACUGUGCAACUGUGAGCUUCAAUGGUACAAGAACUGGCUAAGGAGUUUGAAGGAUAAAGACGAUGAAAUGAUGCAGAAGAAGCGAACCGUGUGCAUGAUGCAACAAGAACACCGGGAGUAUAACUUGCAAAAUUUGCCUUUGGGAAAAAUGAAUUGCGUUAUAAAGUCGUAUGAUAAUUCGCCGAGCGGUUCUAACCGGAUCGGUUACGGUGUUGCGUCGAUGGUCAUGAGCUUGUGGGCUUGUUUAGUGAGAUUCGUUUAAUAUUAAUUAUACUUAGCAAUGUGUUUUAUUUGUAAUUAUGCAAGUUAGCGUUAGCUAGAAUUUUAACGUGGAUAUUUUAUAUGUAAAAUUAGAGUUUAACCUGUUUUGCAUCAAUCAAUAUGAAAUUAGAGCAUGUACGUUGCUUUACUGAUAGACGAGCGUAUUUAAGCUUCUUGUUAUCAAUUUCUUAUAGAUUUGUGGAGCCGGUCGGAGACACUUCGAUUUUCAUUGAAGUUGCUUUAUGAACAUCAUGAGUGAUUGUGUCUCUUUCUCGAUGAAGUCCGGGGUGUCUUUAGGCGGAUUCAGCACUUAUCCAUACAUAUCAGAACGUUCCUUUUGAAGGAAUAGGACUGAGUCUGAAUUUUACAUCCACCACUAACUCAAUUGUCCCAAUUAACUAUGUGUCUUUUCUCUCUCUAUCUCUUGAUGUUUGCGUGAUGUCUAGCUGUAAGUACCACCGUUUUAUUCAGUUUAAAACUCUUGGUUGAACGCACACUAACACAAAUAUCUCAGUUUUUGAUUGGGACGAAAAUGGCCUACAAACAUAUCAAGGUGGAGUAGAUCUAUCAUAUCAAAGGUGCCGCAUUAAUUGUAUAAAGAAACUUAUUUUUUAACGUGUUUUCAUGUACGCUGUAGCAUUUUGUGAGACAGGGGAACCUCGUGCGAGGUUUUUUCAAAAUGUGAUCGUCAUGAAAGAAACUUUUAUAAGAUAAGUGGGAGCCAAAAUUGCAUGAUAGUUCGUAAUUAUAAGAGAUAUUUUAAUCUAAAACUUGUGAGCUUGAUUAUCCAUAUCAUUAUUGUUAGAAAGUAAAGUAAGAGAAUAUAUUAGUGUAUAGCUAGACUAGUUGAACAUUUGUCAAUGCACUCAUCAGUGUGUUCAGCAAAAAAAGGGAGAAAUUUCGGAACCGCGAUCAAAAUCUCUGCUAUUACGUACCUACUAGCAACUUAGAACCACACCUCCACCCCGAAUAAGGAAAGUUUUGGAACAUAUCAUAGUACUGUCUGCGAUAUUUUGUAAAAUUUGUAGCAGUCGUAACAAAUCGCGAUCGUGCAGUUGAUAAAUGGCAAAUAUUUUUGUGGCAAUGUUUUGUGAGCGCUGCUGAGGCGUUUCCAGACCAUUUCGAGACAUAUCCGGUCGAGGUGUUGCAAAACUUCGCGUUCCUAUGUAAGCUCAAAACAAACAUGCAAUAUUUUUCUAAAAAAAUUUCUAGUGUCAGGUCGUUAUCGCAUAGAAACGCGAAGAGCAGACCCGGCCCCACCAUUUUUUACAAUUUUACCGUAUUCAUGUGUAAUAUCGUAUUAAGCACUGUAAUGGAGUACUUGUCUAUUCAUCAUUGAACAUGGCUGUUGUGUUUUGUGUCAUAAUAUAUUCAAAUGAUUAUAUUAAAUGUUUCCAAAAUGUAAUAUUCUAUGUAUAUGUGAAAGUCAAUAAACAAGUUUAUGCUAACGAA